GUGUCAUGGAUGUCAAAACCUGAAGGCCAAACCAUGCAGAAGUCGUAUUUUCUUGCAAAACCGAACAAAAAUUGGAUAGUUACAAAUUGCCUGUACGUUUCAAACAUUGACACCUUGUAAAAUGACCACACCAAGGGAGAGGGCGAAAAGCUCUGUCGUCAAUCUGGUGUCGAGCAUUGAGAAGAAGGGCAUUCGUGUGGUAGCUGUUGAUUUCGAUCAAACAUUGAUAAAAAUUCACUCAGGUGGGGUAUGGAAGGACUCAACGGACAAUCUUGCCAAGCACAUUCGACCCUGUAUGAAGGACCUGUUGGAAGUUUCACUGCAGCGGGAGCUUAUAGUGUGUAUCGUCACUUUCCACUCGCAGCCUUGGGUCAUUCGAGAACUGUUGAAGAAGCUACUAAAAAAGGAUGCAGAAAAAAUAUACGUACAAGCCAACACGAUAGAAUUCAGAGAGAGACAUAACUAUGAGUACUUAGGGAAGGAAGCUCACAUCACAGCAGUAUUGACAGAGGUCUACAAUAGACAAAAAGUCAUCAUAAAACCCCAGGAAAUCAUCUUAUUUGAUGAUGAUCAAGACAAUGUGGAUACAGCUCUCAAAUUCGGACAUUGGGCAUUUCAGAUUAAGGAUGAUGUAUCAUAUAAUACAUUUGAGGAAUACUCACAGAUGUUAGCUUUACAAGAUAAACCUCCAGGAAUGAAAGGAAAAAAGAAAUAAAGAUCCUGAUGUUUUAUGGGAAAGUUAAAUUCAUCGUAUUAAGUGUAUUUUAUUGUCCCACCCUUUUUAUCCAUGUUAACUGUUACCAUGGUUACAGGUUGUACUUGCUGUGUCACAUCUGCUGUAUAUGUUAUCUCUUAACUGCAUUUUGCUGAAACCAAAACAAUUAUAAUACCACUAUGUUUAUGUAAUAUGAUAGUUUUCAAUUUUUUUUUUUUCAAAACUGACGUCUAAAAAUCAACCUUAUUAUAUAUUGACAUAUUCUUGUUUUACUAGGAAUAUUCUCCACUUGUUAUUUGUUGUAAUCAUUGAGUGUUAUUGAUGUAAAAGUCUAAUAACUUACUACCGGUGAAGUUUAAAAUUAUCUCUCUCUCUCUCUUCAUGUUAAAUUUUUCAGUCUGGUUUACUUAAAUAUCAUAGAGUGUGCGACUCUAGAAAAAUAAAAUAUUUAUGAUCUGAAAGCAGGGAACAGUGAAAUCAAAAAAGAAUAUAUAUAAAUCUAUUUUAGGCAGAGUAAUUAAAAAAUGAAAUUUAUCGGGAAGUUAUAUCCAUGUGUUAGAUCACAGGUGUAAGGCAAUGUAUCAGAGCAUUUAGUUAACAGGAGACAUAAAAACUAAGGAUCAUUUUUUUUUUGUUUUAAUUUUUUAAAGGAAGUGGAAAUUGAUCAGAAUUAAUACUUGAAUAUACAUGUUUAAGUGUAACAGCCUUUUGACAGUUUAUUAUAAAUCCAUGUAUCUAAAAAUAAGUUUAUUAGUCAACUUUUGAAAAGGAAUUUACCACUCAAGUUUAUGUAUUCCCAACUAAAAACUGACAUGACUGAAGUGACCUUUGGACACAGUAUAUCAAACAGGGAGCCCCAAUAUGUCAGAGAUUGACAAAUACCAGGAAUAUCUCAUGUACUACCAUGACAAAUACCAGGGAUAUCUCGCAUGCAUCAGUCCCGUCAAGUACAUAAUUUAUCAUAUAUAAGGAAAUUAUUAAAACAUCUGGGAUUUUUUAAAAUCAUAUUAAAAAUGUUUUUCUAAUCUAAAAAUAAAAUUAUAAAAUGUACAUGUAGUGGAAGAAAACCAUUCAGAUAUUAUUUCAUUUUGAAAACAGUAAUAUCUAAGUAUUUUUAGGGUCAAAGGUUCUGUAAAACUUGUUUUUGUGCCAAUGUUUUGUCUAGUCAAAUAACUUGCUUACUGUAACACAACAUACUGCUAUCAUUUAUAAUACACUUAUGGAGGUAUGUUUUUGUGUACAUGACCACUAAAUCUGAUAUUAGAGUUCUUUAUAAUCAGGAAUUUUGUCAUGCUGCAGUAGAUAGGAAGUUGUAACAUUUCUUCUUCCAAGAAAAAGUUAGAUCUUCCCUUUAAAUAUAAAGUCUCAAAAGAAAUAAUUCAUCUCUUCAUUUUAUCAACUUGUGUCACCAUUUUUCAUUUAUGUAUACAUUUUCACUGAAUUUAGAUAAUGCAAUGAAUCUCACAUUACUGCAGUAGUGUGCAGUAUGGAUUAAAGUUGAUAUUCAUAAUGAUAUUAUUGUGUGAUGACUAACUAUUUAUACACAGAUACAUGUAAAAAUGUAUCAGUCUUAGAACCAUAUCGUUACCGGAGAAAUGUUUGUAACAAAAUCAUUCCAAAUCAGAGACACUUCUUUGAAUCUGGUACAAGUCUUGUGAGUGUUUACCUGAACCUUUAUGCUGGUUCUGACUGCUAUUUUAUUUGAUGACGCGACUUUCUUCAGGUCAAAAUCUUCUUUAAUGAUCAUAUUUCUGCUUUCCUUCAUUUACAUUGUAUUAUUUUAUCAAAUAUUAAGGCAUUUGGUUUGAGAGUGUUAUAAUUUUUUUUUUGAGGGCAGGAAAACUGUGUACAUGUAGCAGAGGUGUAUAACUUUACAUACAAAGAGUUUUAAUUGAUGUGUGAAUCUAUAAAGUUGUAACAGAAGGUUGUUUUUUCCUACAGUUGAUAUUACUGUUUAAGAUGUUAAUGAGUAUAAAAUUAUCCAUAAUGAUUUUGUAUUGCAUUCUGUAUCAGCCCUCUGUCACUCAUAUCAGAGUUGUCUCUCUUGACACAGAGGGCUGGUAUGAAAAAAAAGUUAAAAUUUACCUUGAAGUAAUGUUUGAAGGUUUGAAAACUAAUAUUCUUGUAAUUAAACUGCGAUCAAUUUUUUUAAUGUGUAUUGUGAAAAAUUUAAAUGAAAACAUCAGUGACAAUGGAUAUUUUUUAAAUACAUUGAUUUAAUUUCAAAAUGACAUAGAAUAUAAUUAGGCAGAUGUACUAUCUUAAAUCUAAUUUUUCACUGUAUGGAUAGUGAAAAAAAUUAGUACAUCAAUGAAACAAGUGAUUAAAGAUGUAAUGGUUUUUUAAUUCCAUAAUUCUUUGUUAUUACUGGGUUGUUAAAAAAUUCACAUGAUUCAAGCAAAUUAACUCUCACAUAUCAGUACGUUGUUAGCCACACUGCUGAUUUUGAUGUAAAUAUCUGUUGUAUGCUAUUGUUUACUGUACCACUGGUUUAUGUUUUGUGUGCCAAAUUUUGGUUUAUAUCCAAUACUGAUAUUCUCAUACACUCCAUACAAACCACAUGACUGUCAAAUCUAUGUUGUAGUGCUAAGUUUACCGAUUUACUGUAAUAAAGGUCUCAGCUUUUGUUCA